AGCCUGGUGAACUCAAGCUUGAAGCGCUUCUAGGGUCCGUGGAGGGCCUAGAGACACGUGGCCCUGUUAGAAGGGAAUGUGCGCCCACGAGGACGGAACUCUAAAUGGCACCUACUGGGCUGUUUAAAGGGGAUUGGCCCUGACGUCAUCAACCCGCGCCCAGGCGGGAGCAACAGCAACAGCCGCUGAUACGGAAGCUGAAUAAGUGCGAGUAACGAGAUGGGGGGGCCGCCUGGGCGGAAGGAUGUAGGCAGGGGGAAGUGGAGGAAUAAAGGGUACUGUACCUAGAGGAUGAACGACUACACUCCCUCAGGCCUAGAUGGCAAGGUUCAGAAAACUCUGAAAAAGAUCUUUGGGUUUGACUCCUUUAAAACGUCUCUGCAAGAGAGUGCAACCAUGACAGUGGUGAAAGGCAAGAACGAUGUCUUUGUAUGCAUGCCCACAGGGGCAGGGAAAUCCCUGUGCUACCAGCUUCCUGCAGUUCUGGCAGUGGGCAUCACCAUUGUCAUUUCACCUCUGAUUGCACUGAUUCAGGACCAAGUGGAUCAUUUGUUGGCACUGAAGGUCAAAGUCUACUCUUUGAACUCCAAGCUUUCUGCUCAGGAAAGGAAGAUCAUUCUGGCCGACUUAGCAAGCGAGAAGCCCCGGGUGAAGCUCCUGUAUAUCACCCCAGAGAUGGCAGCCGCCUCCUCCUUCCAGCCCACCCUGAACUCCCUGGUGUCUCGAAACCUCUUGUCCUACCUAAUAAUAGAUGAGGCUCACUGCGUCUCCCAGUGGGGACAUGACUUCCGACCCGACUACCUGCGACUGGGCUCCUUACGCUCUCGCAUACCCAACACGCCAUGCAUCGCCCUGACUGCCACAGCCACCAAACAGGUCCAGGAUGACAUAGUGGUGUCACUUAAGCUAAAGCAACCUGUUGCCACCUUUAAGACGCCUUGCUUCAGAUCUAACCUGUUCUAUGAUGUGCAGUUUAAGGAGCUCUUGACUGAUCCCUAUACAAAUCUGAAGGAUUUCUGUCUGAAGGCCCUUGAAGAGAAGAAUGCCCGAGGGGUAUACUCUGGCUGUGGCAUUGUGUACUGCAGGAUGAGAGAGGUCUGUGACCAAUUGGCUAUUGAGCUGAGCUACAGAGGAGUGAAAGCCAAGGCCUAUCAUGCAGGGCUGAAGGCAGCAGACAGAACUUCAAUUCAGAAUGAGUGGAUGGAGGAGAAGGUCCCUGUUAUUGUUGCUACCAUCAGUUUUGGAAUGGGAGUCGACAAAGCUAAUGUCAGAUUUGUUGCCCAUUGGAAUAUUGCAAAGUCAAUGGCUGGAUAUUACCAGGAGUCUGGAAGGGCUGGGAGAGAUGGGAAGCUGUCCUGUUGCCGUCUCUAUUACUCUAGGAAUGACCGGGAUCAAGUCUCCUUCCUGAUCAAGAAGGAGCUCUCUAAACUCCAGGAGAAAAGAGGCACCUUGAAAGAAUCCGAUAAAGCUGUGCUGACGGCCUUUGAUGCUAUAGUGAACUUCUGUGAAGAGCUGGGCAGCCUUUGCGAUCUCCCUGGUCCAAAUUCAGAACAGAGUAGUCUUUGGAGUAUGAAUAAACGAAUAGGCCUAUUUUCCCCUUCCACUGAGCGCUCCAUACACAUAGGAUGUCGCCAUGCUGCCAUAGCAAAGUACUUUGGAGAUGUCACCCCCCCUUGUAACAAGUGCUGUGAUUACUGCAAGAACUCAGGAGCAGUGAAAAAGCAGCUGGAUUCCCUGGAGCUUAUCAGCAACAGCUGGAGCAGAACCUGCAUUAGACCCACAGGUUCCUCUCGGGACACCUAUGACCCAGAGCUAUAUGAAGGAGGGAGGAGAGGCUCUGGAGGCUUUAGCAGGUAUGACGAAGAAAACCGUGGGAGUGGGGAUGAAGCCAGUGAGGAAAAUCGGAAACGGGAGUGGUACAACUUCUACAAAAAGCAGAUGAAUCUGCGUAAAGGCAAAGAACCAGAAAAAGACGACUUUGUCCCUCCAGAUGCAGGCUGCCCCCUGAAAGAUGCCGCCAGCCGGAAAAUCUCCAAACUCACGGUCAAGGCCCGAGAACACUGCUUGAAGAUGUUGGUAGAAGCUCUGAGCAGCAACCAGAAGGCAGCCCCGACAGAACAUGGGUCAGACCCUCCCGCCUGUGCCGUGGAGAUGGAGUAUGAGGCUUUCAGAACCAGCAAAAUGUCCAACUUGUACAAGGCAAAUGUGCUAAAGAAGGUAGCGGAGAUCAACAAAGCCUCGAAAGAAGGGGAGCUGUAUCCUGCAUCUGGGUCAGGAGCUGGUGGCGGUGGCGGCAGCCCCAGGACGAAGUCUGAACCCGCAGCUGAAGAUGGCUUUCUCCCUGCAUCCCAAAUCUAUUCGUUUAAACCCAAGCGGAUAGGAGCUGGGUUUCGAAAGAGUUCCAGCUUGUUCCAGACUGCGGCCGAACUGCUGAAGACAAAGGAGGAGAGUGAUGCGACGCCUGUGGAGAGGGAAGUAGAUAGUCCAAAUGGGCAAGGUGAUCGCGAAUGUGAUUCAGAAAUGGCCAGAGUCUCUGCUGUCAAGAGCAAAGACAGGGUGGCCAAAGUAGUACACAAAAGUGCUGUGGAAGCAGUGCAGGCCCAUGACAAGAAGGGACAGCAACCUAGUCCAGAUGCAGAUGCCUCCCUGUGGGAUAGCCCUACCAAGAAGGCAAAGCUCACCAAGAAGCAACAGCUGCUAGCAGAAGCAGCCAGAAAAGAAUCCCAGAACAUUUCCAAAUUCUUCUCUCUCACCAAAGCUGGACUUAAAACCUCAGGAUGUGUCACAGUAGAGGAAGACGAUUGUCCUGUGAGUGAGCUAGCUCAGUCUCUUUCUCAAAGAGAAUGUCAGGAGAAAGAGGAACCUCAGGAAAAUGAAGAUGUCUCAGGAGGCGCUAUGGCCGGGCAACCCCAGAUGGAAGCCCAUGAGUCAAGGAAGAUGAAGGAAGCACUGACUGAGAGAAGUCAGGACUUGGAGUCGAAACACGACCCUGGAUCUGAAGCCACACAAGCAGGAUUAGAUGGUCAGACAAAACCAAGCUGUGAUGAGGCUGGUAUAGAAAUCGAAACAACCUGCACAGGGGAACGUCAAGGCAGGAAGAGGCCAGAAUCAGAUGAGGAUCUGGAGAGCCCUGUGACGAAGAGGCUGCGGGCGGCAGCAUCUUCCAUCCUGUCACAACCAGAGGGCAAAGGCAUGGGCCCAGUGAAGAAGAAGGUGACUUUUGAUCCGAGUUUGUCACAGGUUGAUAAAGAAGGAACUACCAAGACCAUCCAGCCAGCGACCAAAGGCGUGUCCCUUAAAGAGACAGCAGAUAUUGUCGUCAAAUACUUGACCCCUUUCUACAAGGGUGGUAAAUUUGCUUCCAAGGAACUAUUCAAGGGAUUUGCCCGACACCUCUCCCACUUACUGACUGAGGAGAAGAAUCCUGUCCGCAAGGCUGUGAAAGAAGAAGCACAGAGACUCAUCAAGGAGUUUUUCAAAACCCGAGUCAGGUGUGAAAAUGAGACAGACUGGCAAGCGCUGCCCAGCUCGGAAACAUGAUGCCGGUUCUCCAGCUAUUUCCAUUCCCGGCUGCAGUCAGUGGAAUUGAAGGCUCACGGAGACAUGGGAGUUUUCCAUUCAUGUUGCUGCUUGUUCUCCACGGCAUCUGUGCCAUGAGUGUGGCCUUGAGAACAUCUCUAGGGAGGUGAUCCCUGGGAAUUUGUCUGUGGAGCUCCUCUGGUGCCUAAGGGACGAUGAAGUCCUUCAACAGCCCUUGCUAAGAGGUCUGGUGUGUGUCAAGGCUGCAUAGCUCUGUGGCCUCUCUCAGCUGGGCUGUGGUGCAUCCUGCUGCUGGCUGAGAAGGGCUUAGAAUUGCAGACUCUGAUUCCAAGUUGGGUGUGAAUCCUGCUUUUCCCCCCAAGUGUCUCUGAGCCUCCCUCUCACCCCCCCCCUUGUCUUUUUAUUUAAAUGUUACCAAUAGAAGCCUUACACUGAAAACACAUUCAAAUGCCCAUGCUUUGCUCAGGGUUUGUAUGAUGGGAGCUGAUGGUUAAGUUCCUAGACUGGAUAGUUUAUUUUGAAAAAAUGUUUAGGUUUAGACGAUGGGACGUGCAGCGUCUCCUUUCCCAAAGCUGGGGACCCCCUGCAGGCUUUAUUUAAAAAAAAACAAAAAAACUCACACCCUGAAUUUUGGUUUUACUCUGGCCAACUCUGUGUGUUCUUUAACUGGCAUGGGCAUUAGUGCCUUAGCCUGGACAGACUGGAGGCUCUCUUGUCGUCGUCCCCCACCCCCCAUUGGUUGUGCGUUAUAAGGGGGCAGCACCAAAGUUGAUGCACUUCCCUAGUAUUUGCUUAUAGCCCCCUGAUGCCAUAUCCCCUCACUGUGCCUAAACUAGGGACUUAGGACAGAGGAGGCUGCUGCUGGUACAGCCAAUUACCCCCCCCCCCUUCCGGUGCUGUGACACUCGUAGACCCAGUAGCUGUGGUGCAUCUGCUGCUAUAUUUAUGCGAGAGCCUGAACUGGAGGGAGUCAGUGAGUCAUAACAUGACCCUAGUGUGCCCAGGAUUGUUUUUUACAUGUAGUUUUUGCGGGGCUCUGCCUUGGCUCUCUGCCUAGAGAAGAUACUGGCCUUGCUGGCAUUAGUCCUGCUGCAGGAUCAACCUGCAAUCUCAGAAGCCAGGAAUGGAACAGUCUUCUGAAUAGCUUGUACUCGGGGAAACUGGGCUUUUAUAUGUUACCGAAGGGUGCAUGGUAAACUGACAAUAAACUGAACGUCACAGUUACGAUGGGC